AUGGAGUGCAAGCACACCGAGCGUGUGACGAAGUUUCGUGAAAAGGUCUCCAAGAUCCUCAUUCAACAUCUUCGACGAGCAUCAAGCAGCGAGCCGCCUCCUAAGCGUAUCACGAGGGCUCGGUUCGGGAAGUACAACGAUGAUUUGGCGGAGCGGCAAUUGUGGGAAGAGGAAGCUGCCGCGUUCUUUCCGGUUGUCACAACUCAAGCCGAUGACAUUGUGCAUCAACCAUCAGAACCAUCGGUAGAAACCACAGAAUCGGAAAUGAUGAACAGCCAUACAUCACCUGCCUCGGGUCCAAUUCCAAGUGCAGAAACCUCAACUGCUCAUCGUCACGAACGAGAGAGCACAGCAGGCGCUCUCACAUCGCAAGCAAGUAAUGACACCGACACAGUCAUAAGGGUGCGAGAAAGGAGACAGAUAGGCUGCAAGAAGCUCGAGGCAGGAAGCCAACUUCAGAGUCUACAAGCCUCGGAAAUCCUCCAAUCUCAUGUAAAACGCGAGAUACAAGCCAAAACUACCGAGAUGCAGGCUGAGAUGGGAGAAAGCAUUUCUAAACGGAUCGAUGAAAAGGGGCUUCUCUGGAUGAAGGCUGUGAAAGACACGUGCAUCUCGGAAUUCCAUCAGAGCAUUCAAACCAAGAUCCCCACAUUUGAACAGGCUGUGGCCGAUCUCUCAGCUGUUCAGAGUUCGCAGAGCGGCAGGCUUGCGACCAUUGAGGACCAUCUGCCCCGUUUACAAACUGGCCUUGACGAUGUAAGAAAUCAGACCGCUUCCUUGGCUUCAGAUUACGACAAGCUACAACACGAUCAACACUAUUUGCGUGGCGAAGUGCAAAAGCUUGUGGUCGAAAUGGGCGAUCUCCAGGCCAAAUUCUGUCGUCAAACAAAUCAGGUGGAACAUGAUCAGCAGCAAGUAGAGGUCGUACUUACGCAAAUGGUCUCCCAAGCUGUUCUGCAGGAUGUUACGCGCAUGGUGGACUCUCUUCGCAACAAAACAGAAUCAGAUGCGAUAAUGCGGCAAAAGGGUGUAGACAAAGUCCAAAACCAAACGAACCAGACGAUGGCACAAAUACAUCAGGCAGGCCUCGAUAGGCACAAGGCCAUGCAAUUGAAGGCAACAAAAGUCCGAGCCAGACAUGACGCUGAGAUACUAUAUCUGAAGCUCAUGGCCGAGGGAAAGGCAAAGGACAUGAUGCAGAGACUAGACAAUAUCGAAAACACAAACAACUCCCUCAAGGCAGAGCUAGAAGGACAGUCUGAAAAGGUGGACCUGGUCACCAACGAGCUGAACGGGCGCAUAGAG